ACGUGACGAGGGAAAGGGAGGCUCUUAUGUUUACAUCAAUGCGUGCAUUGCAAGAGCGGUUUACUGUGUAUUCUAGCGUCAUUUAAAAGUUUCGCUUUCAUUUCUUUAGAAAUCUUCAACUGCAACUUUGCAAAUCGAAAUAUUAAAGAGAUACAACAGGGAAACGACGUUACCGGGGGAUCCUGGACCAGAGCUUUGCACGCACCCAGUGUUUUUAGCAAACCAGCUAAGUUAGCAUUACAUUAGCUAGCUUAGCAUAGGCGUCAUGGACGAGCUAGCGGUUGAAGUCAGGGGGACGAGUAGAGCUUUUUACAAGGCCUAUUUGAAGGAUGUUCAUGAAAGUUCUGUCACUGUCUCCUUUGAAAACAAUUGGCAGCCAGAACGUCAAAUUCCCUUCCAUGAUGUUCGAUUUCCUCCACCCACAGGUUUUCAGAAAGAGAUAAACGAGAGUGAUGAAGUUGAGGUAUGUGCUGUUUAUUCUAGGGCCAAUGACAAAGAACCAUGUGGCUGGUGGCUGGCGACAGUUCGGAUGGUGAAGGGUGAGUUUUAUGUCAUAGAGUAUACCGCUUGUGAUGCCACGCUAAAUGAAAUAGUCACAUUAGAGAGGUUACGACCUGUGAAUCCAAACAAGCCAGCUACAAAAAACUCCUUCCUGAAAAUUCAUCUGGAUGUCCCAGAGGACUUGCGGCAAAUGUGUUUAAAAGACUCGCAUAAAGAUUUUAAGAAGGCUUUGGGAGCAUUCAAUGUCACUUAUGACUCAGACAAAAAGCAGCUUGUUAUUCUGUCCGUGAAUGAGGUUACAUCCAAAAGGGUGCAGAUGCUGAGCGACAUGCAUUUCCGGAGCCUGCGCACCAAGCUGUCCCUAAUGCAGAGGAAUGAGGAGGCUAGCCGCCAACUGGAAAGCUCUCGGCAGCUGGCGUCCAGGUUCCAUGAACAGUUUGUGGUCCGGGAUGAUCUGAUGGGGCUGGCCAUUGGGACCCACGGUGCCAACAUCCAGCAGGCCAGGAAAGUACCUGGGGUCACCACCAUAGACCUGGAUGAAGAGACCUGCACCUUCCACAUCUAUGGAGAGGACCAAGAGGCUGUCCGCAAGGCUAGGAGCUUCUUGGAGUUUUCUGAAGAUGUCAUCAAAGUACCAAGGAAUUUAGUGGGGAAAGUCAUUGGGAAAAAUGGGAAGCUGAUCCAAGAAGUGGUGGAUAAAUCUGGUGUUGUUAGAGUUCGGAUUGAGGCAGAGAACAACAAGAAGCCACCUCCAUUGGACGAGGGCAUGGUGCCGUUUGUCUUUGUGGGUACAAAGGAGAGCAUCUCCAAUGCUAAAGUACUGUUGGACUAUCAUCUCAACUAUCUGAAGGAAGUGGACCAGCUCCGUAUGGAGCGACUGCAGAUAGACGAGCAGCUGAGGCAGAUUGGAGGAGGGGGCCCCAGGGGGGGCCCAGGGACUGGACGGCCUGACAACAAGACCUUCAUCGUAGACAACGGCGGCCUGGGGAUGAUGGGCAUGGGCUCCCAGAGAGGAGGGAAGCCAUUCGUCAGGGGAGGAGGGCGUGGCCGACGCGGUGGUCCCUCUUUAGCCUCAGGCACCAACUCUGAGGCUUCCAAUGCCUCUGAGACUGAGUCGGACCACAAGGACGAGCUGAGUGACUGGUCUCUGGCCCCCACUGAUGAGCUGACUGGGGGCUUCCCCAAACGACCCGAUACACGCAAGAGAGGAGGGCCUCGCGGGCGGGGAGGGAGAGGAAGAGGAGGAGGCUUCAAAGUAGCUGAAGACAUCCAGUGGACUGAGUCACGCUCACGGAAUACCAGAGACCCUAAGCUGAGGCCUCUGGAAGAUUCUUUGCAGAUCAGAGUGGACGGUAACAAUGAGAGGAGUGUUCAUGCUGCAGCCAGAGGCCCCGCAGGUGAUGGACCCGGCCCUGGAGCCAACCGACAGAGACCCAUAAAAGAGCGACCUAUCAAGAAGGAUAACCAGGAAAGCCCUGGUGGUGAAGCCACCGCCAUAAGCCUGGCGAUGGUGAACGGGGUGUCAUAGACGCGGCCGACUGAAGGCACCCUCAUCUCUCUCACCACACCAUCAAUCCAGAAGCUUCUUCAUUAGAGACACGUUAGGCCAAAGAGGAGCAGGUCAGGGCUAAAAUGAAGCACACUUUGGAUAAACCAACUCCAGCGGCAGGUGGAUGGGGUGUUGGGUGGGUUACUGUGUACAGGGAAGGAGCCAUCUAGGGUUUUAGGGGUUAACAGGAGAAGGCAAACGGCGACUGCAGUCUUUUUCUAAUUGACAUUGUUGACAACUACCUAUCAGAUGAUUUAAAAGCUGUGGAAAGAAAAUGUGUUUAAAACAAAGAGGGGCCAACCUGAUGAAUCUGUAUUUCUUAAAGGAUCUGGUUUUCUAUCGCUUGUUCAUGUACUAGCCUUUUCUCCGGAUAGAGGGUUGGAUUGUUUGGUCCUUCCUGCCUUCUCUCUCUCAUGGCAUGUGUUUAUGGAGCCCUGUGUCACAGUGGAAUAUAGAACUCAUUAUCAUGUGAGGUCACAGCUGCAUCAUUAGCAACAAAAAAACAUAACAUAAAAAGAACCCCCUCCUGUCUGAUCUGUGCCUUUAUCUCCUGUGGAUAGUAUCACAAAUAGAAAUUGAAAUCAGGGAAGAAGACGACAUUGGGAAAACGGUAAUGGAUUUUACUUGUGUGUAGUGAACACACAGCUCACCAUCUAAAAAAUGAGAACUGUCUUUUUAACCUUGCAAUGCAUGUUCAUUAUUAUCAUAGGUUUCCACAUCGGGGAAGUCAGCAAUCUGAGUUGUCACUUUGUUUCUGUUUCCUUGUGCUGAAUAUUGCUUGAAUAGGGAUGAUGAUGAUUGACUUUUUCUAGCUAGUGAUAUAGCAUUUCUUUUUUGGAAAAAGGGGAACGACAAUGAACUCAAUAUCGAACUUUCCACGGGCACACUGGGUUUGUGUGGAUUUUGAUUCAAGGUCUCAGAUUAUUUUGUCAUUUCACACCAUGGCUACAUUUAAUGGAGACUACUAGUGUCAUUGUCUAGACACUGAACAGUAUCUUAUGACAGAAUCACUUCUAUGGACCUUUUAACAUGAACUAUGUCAAACUGGGGAGAGAUAUUGAGAACAUGGUCCUUUCACCAUGCAUUUACCAACAAUCACUUUCCUGUUGGUUUUUUAUUUCAUAGUGUCAAUGAAAAGAGUGGCACACCUCUCUCCAACCCUAACAUGUUGUUCAUAUGAUAUUGACAAUUGGUCAUUAGAUUGUAAAUUAUAAAGUGGGUAGCAUACUGUAUAUCUAAUUUGUUAAAAUAAUUUGAUAUUGUUUUGGAUUGAACUUCAAAUGUGCACUUAAUCAUUUUAUUUGUUAUCUGCAACUACUAAAUAAUAUGAACUAUAAUAAACUAUGUGAUAAGAUUUCUUCGGCAGGUGAAUCACAUGAAUGCUGUCAACAAUAUUACCAAGUUUAGAUACCCUAUAGCUAACUGAGUCUCCUGUACCUUCACCGUACAGAGGAUGAAGUUUAGUCCCAUGUUAUAACUGUUUGUCUUUUAUCGGAUCAGUGCUUGUGCAUUAAAACCUUAGUUUACAGUUGAUUCUUUAAAAAAAACUACUGUGAGGAUAUAGCUAGUGUCUUGUUUUAAUUUAUUUUGGGGUUUUCUUGUUUACUCUAAAUUGCAAUGUUGAAUGGUGUACAGGUAAUGGGCAUCAGUCAACAGCUGUCAGCCUCUUGUCUCGCUGUAAUUUUGCUCAUGUGAAAUUAACAAAAUAGUAUUUCAGCAGGCUAACAGCCACUGCUCUCCCCAGCGUUAACAGUCAACAAUUGAACUGGCCCAGUCUGACUAAGAUGAUGAAAUUACAUAGAUAGAUUUUAUUAUAUUAGUAUUUUGUACUAAUAGCAGCAAAAAAAUAAAAA